UUUCCAGAUUCGAUUUGAACGCGCGCGGCGUAGACCACGGAUGUUGACAACAAUUGACGCAUGCCAAACGACAACCGAACCAAUUAAUCAAGAGAGCCAAGACGGCACGAGCGCACUGCGCAUCUGAGACAAGGCUUCGACAAGGGGUGGCCGUCAGGAUGGCGGACAUUGAAAUGGAGAAUAGGCCCCCCCGGCUCGGUGAUAUCCGGCCGACUAUGAUUGAGCACCUGAACGAGGCGACUCAUCCCACUUUGAAGAAGUACUUCGGCAACUGCAAAAAUGGGAUCACCACCACUGAGGAUAUCAGGAGCAUCCUCGUGCAGGGCUGCAAGGACCAUCUUGCGGGUAGGCCUACCACGGUGGGAGCCCAGAUCCUGCACCUCAUGGAAGGCAUGAUGAAGGCGGAGGCAGUCCGCCAUGCAGUUCGUUACGACAGAUUGCUUGACGAGAAGGACGCGCUACAGGCGCAGGUCCAAUUCCUGAACGAAGCGUUGGGCUACGACCAGAACGGCCAGAAAGGAGCCCAGACGACGGCUUCCAACACCAAUCCGGCUUUUGCGAGGGAUCCCCAGGCACCCGAAGUUCCGCCCCCGAGGCAGCAGAACAAUAACAACAAUGGCGGCAAUCACGGGGGCACCCCGCUGACGACGGAGUCGCUAGCCGCAUUGCUCAAUAACAUACGCCUGAGCGAUGGAUCAGGCAGCGGCUCUACUGCUCUGCCGCACCCGGAGAAGUUUUCCGGCGAUGAGAAGGACUCUGCCAAGCGCACCCAGCAGUUCCGUACAUGGAAGAUUCAGGUCAUCGCUCGUUGGAUCGUACGCCCGGCUGAGUUUCGGGACGAGUGUUCCAAGAUCCUAUAUGCCACUGCACUGUUGAUCGGCACGGCUUCGGACACGACCACUCACGGAGUGGAGAUCAUGAUGGCUCACCCGUACGAGCCGUACCUCUGGACUUGGAAGACCGGCAUGGAUCUCAUGGGCCAUUUGGCCAGGCGCUACGCCACCCUGGACCUUGUCUAGCUGGCUGAGAGCGAACUGGAGGUCCCGGAGCAGAAAGGCGAUUACGCAAGAUUCACGGACUUCCUGACGAAAUACUCGAGCCUUACCGAUAUGGCCUGCUGGGAUGAUACCACCCGCGCCCGCCAUUUCCGCGAGAAGAUAAGUCAGAAGAUGAGGGACCUGUUCAAAGCCCAGGUCGAUACCCUGGAGA